GUUAUUUUAUGGAGGAAUGAACCAUCACCAGUGCAGGCCAGUCACUGUUCCUGUUGUAUUAUGGUGCAGCAGCAGGAGGAGGGGUUUACAUAAACUAGCAGUGAAAACUGACCCCCUGUACUUAAUACUGCUGGCUUUCGAAGUGAAAGAGGCCCAAAGGAUUAUAAACUAGGAUUAAAAGGAGUGACUGGGCAUUUCUUCUGGAUUUUGUACACCCUUUUCUCUCACCUAUGCAAACAAGGCUGCACUGAUGGCCAAUGAGUGAACCUUGAACAAUCAGACAUGCUAGACUGAGGUGAGCCAAUGCUCUGAACCGCAUGCAGCAGCAGAUCCAAGGGGCUCCCACGAUGAAGCGAGGGACCAGCCUGCAGAGUCGGCGGAGCAGCAAGACCACGAGCGAGCCACCGAAGGGGAGCCCGCAGAUCCACAGGCGCUUCUCCCAGGAAUCGACACUUUGUGGUCGCCCCCGCUCAUCCUCCACUACAGACACCCCCUGCAGCUCUGCAGUGGCUGAGGUGACCAACUGCUACCUGCCCUACGAUGAGGCAGAUCAAAUCGAACGCUUGGAGGUGAGCAGCCUAGCACAGACAUCCAACGCUGUAGCCUGUAGCAUCGAUGGCAGCAUCAGUGUGGAUGGAGUGGACAGCACUCUGGACCCCCAGCGAACAAAACUGGCCAUCACUCACCUGCAGCAGAAGGUCCUCAAGCUGACAGAGCAGAUCAAGAUCGAGCAGACUGCCCGUGACGACAACGUGGCAGAGUACCUGAAGCUGGCCACCAAUGCGGACAAGCAGCAAAGCGCUCGAAUCAAGCAGGUGUUUGAGAAGAAGAAUCAGAAAUCGGCCCAGACCAUCCAGCAACUGCAGCGCAAGCUUGAACACUACCAUCGGAAGCUGCGCGAAAUCGAACACAACGGCAUCCCCCGGCAGCCUAAGGACGUGUUGCGGGACAUGCACCAGGGCCUGAAGGGCGUUGGAGCCAAGGUGACUGGGUUCAGCGAGGGCGUGGUGGACAGCGUCAAGGGGGGGCUCUCCAGUAUCUCCCAGGCCACACACUCAGCGGCUGGGGCGGUGGUCUCCAAGCCAAGGGAGAUUGCGUCACUAAUCCGCAACAAUAUCUCCGGCCUGAAGGACUCCGACGAGUCUCAGUGUGAGGAUGGGACCAAUACUCUGAGCCUCUGCAGCAACCUGCAAUCCAGUCUUAAGUAUGGUAGUGAGGAGGACUGCUCAAGUGCCACCUCGGGCUCCGCGGAGGCCAACAGCACUGCAGGGGCCCCCGGGGGACCCCCCAGCUCCAAAACAAACACACUGGACAGGCAAAGCUCAGGGUUUGAAGCUCUUUUUCACGAGAUUCAAGAUAUCCGAGACACCCAGGAUAGACUGGAGGAAUCUUUUGAAAGCUUAAAAACUGACUACCAGAAAGACUACACUCUAAUAAUGGAAGCACUACAGGAGGAGCGCUACAGAUGUGAACGGCUAGAAGAACAGUUAAAUGAUCUGACAGAACUGCAUCAGAAUGAGAUUCUCAACCUUAAACAGGAGCUUGCUAGCAUGGAAGAGAAGAUUGCUUACCAGUCUUACGAGCGCACCCGUGACAUUCAGGAGGCACUAGAGGCCUGUCAAACACGUAUCUCAAAGAUGGAGCUGCAGCAGCAGCAGCAGCAGGUGGUUCAGUUGGAGGGGCUGGAGAACGCCACUGCCCGCACCCUUCUGGGCAAGCUCAUCAAUGUGCUGCUCGCUGUCAUGGCUGUCCUGCUGGUUUUUGUCUCCACUGUGGCCAACUGCAUGGUCCCCCUCAUGAAAACACGCAACAGGACGUUCAGCACAUUCCUUCUAGUGGUUUUCUUUGCCUUCCUGUGGAAAAACUGGGAAGCGGUGUCUGAAUACUUAGAACGAUUCUUGUUGCCCCCUAGGUGAUGGUUAUAUAAAACUUGAAGAGUGAAUUUGUUUACAUUUAGAGAAAAAAAAAAAAGUUUUCUUGCAAGGCACAUCGCAAUAGUGUGUAUACAUAUACAUACAUACACACACAUGUAGCAUUUAGCUGAUUUUCCACAAAUGGAAGAGUGUGUAUAUAAGGAACAUUAUCCAGGCUUUUCUGACAAGAAUGGAAAGUGAAGUAUGGUUUGAACUAAAGUUGCACUACAGAUCUUACUGUGAUAAACAAGCAGAUUCCAUGUUUUGGGAAAAAAAAAAAAAUGUAUUAAGUUCUCACACACUUGAGUUAACUUUAUAUUCCUGUCAUAGUUUAAAAUGCUAAAUUGAUUAAAACUAGGGAUACAGUUCUACACUGUACCAUAGUCAAUCCCAUUUAUUCCAUCAGAUUAACAUACUUGAAGAGUUGUAAUGCUCAGAAUGUCAGUGCUUCCAUGUUUUCUAUUUAAAAAAAAAAAGUUGUUUG